ACUUUGUCAAGAAAAGAAUAAUUAAAAUUGACAAAUGUUAUAAAAAUUAGAACAACUAAAUGUUACUGAUCAUCAUGUUGGUUUUUAUUGCUAUGAUUUUGUUGUCAUUACAAUGAAGUGUCAGGGAUGGUAACCAGACUGUGUAAAAAAAAGCUUGUGUUUUCGGUUAAGAAACCUUACAGUGAGUAGACACUCCACAACAAAAUGGCUUGCUCAAAACCUCAGCGAUCCGCCGUCGAAGAGGAGAAAAACUGUAAACUUACAUAUUUCUUUCGGGAUUUAUUGAGCAACCGUGUUUCUUUUCGGUCUUCUCAGGAUGAAACAAAAGACAUUGUUCUCGCUGCUGAGACACUUGUACAUGAUAUCGUUAAAAGAGUUGCAAACAAUGUAGACUGGUUAGGUCCAUAUGACAAACUCCGAAUACUUAAAGUUGGAAGCAUGGCAGAAAGAACGAGUAUAGUUAACCCUGAUGAGUUUGAUUUCCUUAUUGUAACUCACCAAAAUGGGGUCAAAGUUGAACGCGUGUGUAAGUGGAGAGAGGGAUAUGCACAUGUGAAAGUAACUGAUCAACGCCUUCAGUCUCUAUGGAAACCUUUUCUUCGCGGGGACUACUUGCAAGGAUCUUUUAGCCAUGAUUUUACUGGAAAGGUUACUGAAUUAUAUGGCUAUUUUAAAUCAGUAGGCAGAAAAUGGCUGCGAAGAGACCCAUUACAAAGUGAAAGUUCUCAGAGUCUUUUAAAUCCGUAUAACGAUAGUCUGGCAAAUGCAUUUAUGUCAGAAGUCGAAAAAGUUAUUAAACAUUCAGGAGAUUUAAGAUGUAGUAGAAACUCGGGUACGUUAACUGUAGACAAGCAUGUUGUUAAUCACGGCCCAGCAUUUAUGCCAACAUUUAUUUGGGAAUCAAAGCAUAAUAGAAAAAUGACGAUUAAUAUAGAUAUGACUUUAGCAAUAGAAGUGAACAUGUCACGACACGGUAAUGUGAUAGCAGAGAAUGAAACAUUUCAUUCACAAGUGUGGGAAAAGCUCAUCAGACAUGGAAAAUAUAUGCUUAUUCCAUGUAAUGAGUCAACAUCAUGUGUUGCGGGCUUUUGUUUUCGUUUAACAUUUACGGAGACAGAGGUCGAGCUUGUUCGAAACUUAAGCAAUCAUCACAAAGAAUGCUACAAGCUUUUGAAAUACAUUUUCAACAGUGGGGGAGGAUACUCUUAUCUUCCGUCUUAUGCAUUCAAAAUGCUUGUGAUAAAGCAUGACUUUAACUGUCGAGAAAAUGCAAAUCUGGCAGUUUGCUUUAAAGUCAUAUUGGCAUCAUUGCUGUACGAAAUUACCAAGGUAAAAAGAGUGGAACAAAUAGAACCAAGCAGGUUGUUAAGAUUUUUUAUGCCGGGAGAGAAAUUCAAAAUAAACAUCUCCAGUAUAUUCAUCAGAAACCACAACAUUCUUGAUGGCAAAGAUUACAAAUUUCCAUGCGAACAAUUUUUAUCGUCAAUAGAGAGAAUGCUAGAAUCCUUAGAAGAGAUCAAUGAACAGGACAGACCCGAUGAUUUGGUUCUGAAUAUUGUCAACGGCCAUAAAACAGGGGCUCGAGCAUAUGCAAAUCUAAUGGUACCAUUCAUGAGAAAAGACUUCAGACUUUGUCAAAAUUGCCUUGACAAUUAUUUCAGGUCAUAUGGAAGAAAACGGUAAAGCUUUAAGCAUUGACUCUAUAUUGAUCGGGAAAUAAUAAAUCAUAUUGGUGCAUUACACUUGGAAACUUAAGGUCAAAAAUUCAGAAAAUACUGUUUAUAGAUUGCUUAUAUAACAUUCGUCAGUAAGAGAAAUUCAUUUGUGUACAUGUCGCAGGCAUCUAUUGUAUUUUGUUAACUAUUCUAAUGUCAACAAUAUAUCACACCAACACUAUUUGUCAAUAAAAUAUCAUACCUAUACAUUUAAUUCUUACUCAAUAAAUGCUUUCAAUUCUUG